AGUAUAUAUAACUAACAACACGUACAGGUGCGAAUCUCGCUCGAUGCCACGAGUUCACUAGCGGCCAUGGGUCCGACAGCUCUGAUAAGUUUGGUUCUGCUGGGGGCAGUAGCUGUAGAGGCAGAUGGAGGUUUCUCCAAAGGAAGAGAGUUCGUGGUGGGCUUCAUGUAUAACUACGGCGUGGGAGAAGACAACGUUACGGCGAACUACGUGUUCAUAUCGUCAGAGGCGGACGGUACGGUGCAGCUGAGUAUGUCACAGGUGGCGAGUGCCCCACCCUGGAAGUCCACCCACAACCUGACAGGUGGAACUACCCUAAGAGUUGACAUCCCAAACCAGUCCGAGAUGCCCAAGACGAUGACACUGGAGCCCCGGGGCAUCACCAUCACUUCUGAUGUGGACAUUUCUGUGUACGCCAUGAAUGACAACGUCAACGCUUCCGCGGCCGACGCUGCCGAAAUCCUGCCUGUGUCAGCGCUGUCUGUCAACUACGUCAUUCCAACGCCGUCUAAAAACCCCAUCAUCCUUGUCGCUGGAGUUACAGCCAAUACCGUUGUAACAGUGUCACUGGCGUCUACCUGCAGCAUAAAAUACAAGGGGCAUACAUAUAAAGGUGGCAGUACUUUCACAGAAACUGUUGGAAAGUCGGACGUCUUCCAGAUUAUUUCUUCCUUCUCUACGAAGAGUAGUUGUGACUUUGCUGGUACCGCUGUGAACGCUAGUCAGCCGGUGGCUGUGUAUUCUGGGUCUGCCUGCUUCUACACCACGAGGUCCGCUGGGUGUGAUCACUUCAUGGAGCAGGUUGUUCCAAAUGAACUGCUAGGCGAUCGUUUCAUCAUUCCCGACCUCUUCGACAACAGUAACUACAAAGUGAAGGUGGUGGCAGCCUUUGACUCCACCCACAUCUUCGUCUAUGAGCACCACAAAGACUUCACCGUCCACAGCUACCAGCAGGACAUCGACAAGGGGAACUUCAGGGAGUACACGGUUCCAGACGGUACAACGUUAGAGAUAUUCUCCAACAACGGGAUCCAUGUCACCCAGUAUGAUGGCAGCUCAACACCUUUCAGCAUCCCGAUCCCGCCUGUGAAGAGCUACGGCUGGAACUACACAUUCUCCACCAUGGACAACCCGACGUCUAAAUUCUUCAUCAGCUACAUAAAUCUCGUGGUAGAUAGCGAUUCAGCGCCUUUUGUAACCAUAGACGGGUCCGCAGUAGAUCCUUCAAAAUGGCAACGCGUGAGAGAUCUUGGGUACUCCGUGGCCAUUGUUUCCAUACCCCCUGGCAACCACCGGAUAGAAGCAGACGACAACUUCAUGGCGCAAGUGUACGGCUAUGAUGGCGUGUCUUCCUAUGCCUUCCAGGGAGGAUACUACUUCGACAAACUACCUCCUCAUCACGCACCGCCCACACGGCACCCAGGCCCACAUACACCAACACCAGCCACCACAGUCACCACUUGUGUGGACAGCCCUGGUGUCGACUGCAAAGUCCUCAACGCAUCCAUAGGCAUCUGCACGAACCCGGAUGGUGCUAAACACUACUGUCCGAAAUUUUGCAAUCUAUGUUCAGACUGCACUUCGCCAGGCAGCUGUCUUGUUGGCUAGGCAACCAGGUCUUUGUUAGACAGGACUGUUGAACUCAAAUAGUGCUAUGGUGGAAUAAAGGAGUUCAAUGAACAAG